AUGCAUUUCUGUCCCGUGAGACGCUUCAGAGGCCACACAGGACCUGUCAGAACAGCAGGCUCAAUGGCAUGGAACUCCAUAGUGAAACAAAGACUGCAGCUCCAAGUCACAAACCAGAGAGGGGUCACACCUCUUAAAACAUUUCCAAUACAUCAACAUGGAUCAUCUUCUCCAAACACUGGUGCCUAUAGCAACAGCAUGCUUCAGGGGAGGUCCCUUAGAGAUUCAAGAAACCUCUCUGAAAAAAACACCAGGAAAUCAUUCACAAUCAAAAAAGCUCUGCUCAUAGCAUGUGGAGUGCGAUGUGUCCUGUCACCACGACCCUCCAACUGCUCCACAUCACAUUCACCACCCCAUAAAGAUGAGAAAGACAGAUCUCAUUCCAUCUCUGCAAGAGGACAGGAAUACAGUAGAGACUGUGUUGAAACAGAGGGUGAACUGAAGGUAAGGGAUGCAUUCACUGCGAUAAAAAAAACUGAGGAGAGAGAGAGAGCGAGAGCGGGAAGCAGUACACACAGACAGAGAGUCCUGCUGGAUUCAAGCCACCGGCCUUUCACUGUCCCACUGGAUAAUCAGAUGGGAUGUCGAGCACUAAGCACACCAGAAACUCCCAUAUGCAAGAUUAUCUGGAGAAGAAAAGAUGAACAAAAUGUCCUUCAAGAUAGACCUCAACAUUCUAAUGAAGAGCAGAGUCCCAAUCUAACCCCAUUACUACAUCUCUACCUGCCUUCAUCAUAUCAGCCGCAGGAGCAGGGAGAAGAUACAGCACCGGGACAGGAAAAUAGCAGCUCAGAGGUACAUGAGAAGCAAGACAUUACAGAGGAACUCAGAGAGCGUGACAUCACCAUGGAGAGCCAAAAACAAGACAUCACCAUCAAUAAAACAGAAGAUGAAGGACAAAAUUAUUUCACAGAUGGCAUACGAUAUGACAUUACAGAUACCUGGCAGAAUGACAUACAGAAAGAUACUCCUGAGGAAACUUUUGAGACUGACAUGACUGAGGGAAAACAUCCACAAGACAUCACAGAUGACAACAGACAACAUGAAAUCAUGGGAAAUCAAUGUGACACUGACAAAUCUUUUAAUAUCAUAGAAGACAAACAAGCAUAUGACAUUACAGAGAAGACUGAAGGAACAGAUGGCAUAUAUCGGAGAACCAGAUCAAACAGAAGUUCACACAAAGCAUCUGAUGCCAAACUCAUAGUCAAAACACGUUAUCCGGCCACAGCUACAGCGCUAACGUUCCCGUCUCCCUCUCCCACUCUUAGCGUCCUGCCAUUGUUUUAUGGAACUUCAUUUGGCUAUCGCAUCAGAACGACAUCUGAGCCCUGCCGAUCCAAAACAAGGACCAGAAAAGCCUGUGAUGAUGACAACAGAUUUACACAGCCCAUGAAUGACAUGCGACAUUCCAUAGAAAUAAAAGGAAACCCCUGCUUACUACAAACAAGGGCUGGAGCGCCAGUCAGCCCCCACCCCAAAAUAAUGAGCACUGAGAGGGGGUCCCAGCCUCAUAAGAUGAAACCCACCAAGAUGUUUUUGUGGGGCCCAGAGGGGCCCCGAGAGACUAGUGUGUGA